UUUUUCUCCUAAGAGAAAGAGAGAAAGAAGCAGAGAAGAGAGAGAGAAGCAGAGAAGCAGAGAGAGAAGCAGGAGAACAAUCGGCUCUGUUUCUAAGGAUUUGUGUGUGUGUUGUCUCAGUUUUUCCCUUGAUUCAACUUCAUUAGAAGAUCAUCUUUUUAUUACCCAGGAGUCAAAGAGUGAAAGAAGAUGGGUUACAUGUGUGACUUUUGUGGUGAACAAAGAUCAAUGGUGUACUGUCGCUCCGACGCAGCCUGUCUCUGUCUCUCCUGCGACCGGAGUGUUCAUUCCGCUAACGCAUUGUCCAAGCGACAUUCUAGAACACUCGUCUGCGAGAGAUGCAAUGCUCAGCCUGCUACAGUCAGGUGUGUUGAAGAAAGAGUUUCCCUCUGUCAAAACUGUGACUGGUCUGGCCACAACAACAACAACAAUUCUUCUUCCUCGUCAAAUAAUCACAAGAGGCAAACCAUAAGCUGCUAUUCUGGUUGCCCUUCGAGCUCUGAGCUCGCCUCUAUCUGGUCUUUCUGUUUGGAGUUAGCUGGACAAUCCGGAUGUGAACAAGAAAUGGGGUUGAUGAAUAUUGAUGAUGAUGGUCAGACCAACCAAAACUGUAAUGAGGAUAAGAAAGAUGUCGUUGCUGGUGGUUCCUCUUCAAGGCCUGAAACAACUUCAUCAUUUCCUAAGGAGGUGAGAGUAUGUGAAGAUGACUUUUAUGGGAACUUGGGUAUGGAUGAAGUUGACUUGGCUCUUGAGAACUAUGAAGAGCUCUUUGGGACAGCCUUUAACACCUCUGGAGAGCUCUUUGGACAAAGUGGAAUCGAUUGUCUUUUCCAGAAGCAUCAUCAAGCAGCAGCAGCAGCAGCUCCUGAGGGAGGGAAUCUGGUGCAGCCAGCUGAGAGCAAUGAUGAUUCUUUCAUGAGUUCGAAGACCGAGCCGAUCAUUUGCUUCACAUCGAAGCCAGCACAUUCCAACAACAUAUCUUUCUCUGGAGUCACAGGAGAUAGCAGUGCUGGAGAUUUUCAAGAAUGUGGUGCAUCAUCCUCCAUGCAGCUCUCAGGGGAGCCACCAUGGUAUCCUCAAACAUCACAGGAUAACAAUGCUUGCUCACAGUCAGUAACACGUAAUAACGCGGUUAUGCGUUACAAGGAGAAAAAGAAGGCUCGCAAGUUUGAUAAGACAGUGAGGUAUGCUUCUCGGAAAGCAAGAGCUGAUGUGAGACGGCGUGUAAAAGGGAGGUUUGUCAAAGCUGGUGAAGCUUAUGACUACGACCCUCUCACCCCAACCAGAAGCUACUGAAGGAUUCUCUUUACAAAGGUAAAACAAAGUAGAUGCACAUGGCGGGGAAAAAAAACAAACAAGAAAGGGUUUUUGACUUAUGGAGGAGAGAGUUCUCAAAGUCAUAAACUGUGAAAAAAACAAGACUACUACACUCUCUGGGGUUUGAGAAGACAUUAAACUGAUGAGUAUUGUAAGCAAAUCAUUCAUUCUUGGGAUUCAAUCUGUUUUUUUUUUUGGCCUUAGGAAGCUUCAUUCUUGUUCUCUGACAAAAAAAGAAAACAUUUAUCCAAGUUGGGUUUCUGUUGCUUCAGGGGCGUUACACAGAUCAGAGUUCCAUGAAUUUGUGUUGGUAGUUGAAAAAUGCAGGGAGACUAUAGUGUAAAAAGUUAAAACAAAAUGAUUGUAUAUGACUUGUGUAUGUAUGUAUGUAUGCUCAUAAGUGCUUUGCACUGUGCAUUCUUGUAAAUUAAAGACAGUAUCCAGAAUCUUUAUCAGACA